GCCCUGUAAAUGCUCCAUCGUCACUUAUCGUGGAGUUCCUUUUGUGUCUGCCUGGAGCUUACCUGAGGAAGUCCCAAAGUCACCCACAACGGCUGUAUCCCCCCGACCGUCGUGUCAUACCAUAAUUGCAGUUGUAUUCCGACAAGCAAAGUCCCCGGUCAACUUGAAAUCUUUACAGGUCGAUUUUGGAGCUCGAAUUGGUUCAGAAAUCGAUAAUCUUCUUGCAGACUUGUCAUGGUUCUGCGGCAAGAGACGAUGCCUCCAAAAAUCCUUCCUCCGGGAGACCAGCAGCCCGCCCAUCAACCACCAUAUCCAGUCACGCCGAGCACGCCUUCUUCCAACUCAUACUUUGCAGAGUCGAAGCCUACGACGACCACGACAGCAGAUACUUCGAGCCCGCAGAAGCAUCGCUCGUCCAGUAAAGCUGAAGAUGAUGAUUCGGACGAGAGUGCGUUUGAAUGGGACGCAUCGGACGAUGAGGAUGAGGGGAAAAGUAGCUUGCCCCCUCCACUCAAAGUGGGAAUAGAUUCAUCCAAGACGGGUGCAAAUUUAUCAGAGAAUAAUCUCCCACCAACUCUUCGAGUGGGCCCCCAGAACAGUAUUCCCAGGAAGCCUUUACAGUCGCAGAAGGACGAUGCGAUUAAAGAAUCAGUUUCUGCACCCAAUCCUUGGGAGACCGCAGCACAUUCCGAGCCUGCUCACCACGAAUUCUCUUCCAACAAUCCCUUUCUGCCAAAAGCUUCAGGGGUAGGAGAGACCGAUUCGGGCCUGGAAAACAGUGCCGCAGUAUGGGGCGCUUCAGCUCCAACAUCAAAUAGUACCGACAAGAAAAAUGACGUUCCUCCUGUAAACAUGACGGCAAAUCUAUCUCUUGAUGAUACCCAUCCCACCAAUCCUUAUAGAACUGCGCAUCCUGCAAACAACGACACGAGCUACCCGCAGGCGCAGAAUUCCCCGGCUCAUGAAUUACCAGCAUCAAACUACACCAUUCCAAUUGAAGCAAUGGACCCUCAUCGCUCCGAAUCCUCGCUGGGCUGGGAUCCGCAAGCCGACAUCUCAAGCUUUGAUGCCUUCUCUUCUCGCAAUCGCGGCUUGUCCGAACACAUCCAUAACGAGGGAGAGAGCCCAGUACACAAAACUUGGGAUGAGCAACAAGAGUGGGAGAAAACGGAGCGGGAAAGGAGAGAUUUGGAAGCCCAUGAAGCGGCGGAAAGGGCUACCAGAGCAGAGAGGGAACGGCAAGCGACAGAGGAAUGGUAUAGUGGCGAGAUGGAUGCCUGGAAAAAUGAGCAAACUGAGGUCGACCUUGAUGAUGUCCAACCUCCGCCAGGUCCGCCGCCUUCAAAGCAAGCAGACCCCGGAGAUCAUACACGUUUGCCUGUAGAGGAGGUUCCACCUCCACGACCGCCGAAACCCGAUGUUUCUGUAUCGACCAGCCAGUCUCAGCCUGGGGCAUCAGGUGGUGCAGCGGUACCUUCUCCCACGACUAUAAACCGGCAGAGGAGCGAGACAUAUCAAAUCAAGCAGAUCAAUUGGUACGAUAAUUCUUCAGAGACUAAUCCUCGACGCUCGCCAAUCUUGAUCCAAAACGCCAAUGGCCCUUGUCCCUUGCUGGCCCUUGUUAAUGCGUUGGUACUGUCGACGCCUAGCACGCUCGAGACUGCACUAGUCGAGACGUUACGGGUGCGCGAACAAGUCAGUCUUGGCCUUCUUUUAGAUGCUGUAUUCGACGAGCUCAUGUCAGGGCGACAUGGCGGCGCAGCUGCUGCGUUGCCAGACGUGAGCGAAUUAUAUGCAUUUCUUAUCAAUUUGCAUACCGGGAUGAAUGUCAAUCCAAGUUUUGUUCCAAUUCCGGCAAAGAUACCCAACCUGAUAGACUUUUCUGAUGAUCCUUCUACACAUGCAUCCACUAGCCUAGUUUCUCAAGCAGGAGGAUUUGAAGAAACCAGGGAACUCAAGUUUUACAGCACAUUCUCAAUACCUCUUAUUCAUGGAUGGCUUCCCUCACAAGGCCAUCCUGCAGAAAUUGCGCUUGCUCGGUCGGGAAAGACGUACGAGGAUGCGCAGAAUCUCCAAUUUCGGGAGGAAGAGUUGGAAGAUAAGCUUCAACGGGAUGGUCUCACCACCGAUGAACAACAAUUACUCGAGGAUGUGGGAACAAUUAAAUACUUUCUUUCCAACUCUGCGACCCAACUGACCAGCUAUGGCCUUGAAACGAUGAAGCAGGCCUUGACACCUGGGGCAAUCGCCAUACUUUUUCGCAACGACCAUUUUAGCACACUCUACAAGCAUCCGCGUACGGGCCAACUUCUCACACUUGUUACCGAUGCAGGUUUUGCCAGUCACGAGGAGGUAGUCUGGCAGAGCCUUGUCGACGUCAAUGGCGAAGGGAGCGAAUUUCUCUCUGGGGACUUUAGGCCCGUCGGCAAUAUGAGCCAUCAAACCGCCCCAGAAACACACGGCGAUGAGAACCAGUCCUCCUGGACCACGGUCAGUCGACGCAAUACCCGACAUCAAAACCGGCCGAGCGAGCAUUCUUCCCAGACCCAGCCCCUCGCUGCUGCUCCACCGCCACCAGCAAUGGACAGCAUUGCCGAUCGGCUCGACUCAAGAGCAACCACGGCCAAUGAUCCUUCCCUUGAGUCCACCAGCCGAGGACCCUCUCACACACGCACGACAUCUGAGCAGGAAGAUCAUGAUCUCGCCCUGGCUCUCCAAUUGCAAGAGGAAGAAGAAGAUCGCCACAGGCGGGAACAGGCUGCUCGCCAACGCGAAGAGUCGUUAUCCCAACAAUACAUCGCAUCCGAAGCCCAACCGCCGCCAGCGCGGCGUGGUGAGCGAGGCGCAAGGCCCGAUGAACGCGGUCCCUCUCUGCCUCCUCGCCAUGGGCAAGACAUUGCCGAUGAUGCUCCGCCGCCAAGCUACGAACAAGCUGCCAGGAGACCAGCGUAUCAUCCGCCGAAUCCGAAUGCGCCCCAGAUUACGGGAACAACAUAUGCUCCGCAUCCGCCUACCACUCCGGUCGCCUCGCAUCAGCAGCAGGGGCCCACAUUGGGAGGAACCGGAUCGAGAAGGCGAAGUAGCGCGUAUGCAGACAACCGGGCGUCUGGGAGUGUUUUGUCGUCCGGUACUUUGCCACCCUCCCAGCAGCAGCAGCAGCAACAUAGGAUGAGACCAGGUGGGACUUUGCCUCAGAGGGGCAGACAGGCUGGUGUUCAAGGUCUAGAAGACGAAGGGAAGAAGGAUUGUAUUGUUAUGUGAUGAUUCACGAUAUGAAUUUCCGACAGUGUUUGAUCCGAUGACAUGUUUUUAUGCGACGAGUCUGGCACUAUUAAAGAUUGGUGCGGUUUUACAUGUGGUAGUUUUGCGUCCGAUGUAGCCUGCUACCUGCCUCGCAAUCAAUAUAUCAAGGUAGUUCAAGCCAAUGAUUGUACCAGCAGAUUCUUUCGGUCAUUUAUGCAUUGUAGCGUUUGUCCUUGGCAUUUGUUUCUUCCGUGUUAUAUUCCUUUUUUUUUUUU